CUGUAAGACUGGUUUCAGAGCAACGACAGCCUUCAGACAGAGACGACUGAUAACGGAGAGGAAGAGCAGGAUCUUGUCUUCUUCUCCACAGACCUGCUUCAGACAGCAUAGUGAAGACGCUGGUGGAAGAAGGUGAAGGUGUGACGUGUGUGUGAGCUGGUGUGACUUCAGCAGCAUGGAUCAGUGUGAGAACAGAGAGGAGGGAGUCCCUCCCUCUAAAACUGGUCUGUGUGGAGAACAUGAGAGCCAGAGCAAAGCUCAGAGGAUCCAUCAGAGACUCAGACCUGGACCUGGACCCAGCUGUGUGUCCUUUAAGAGCGACCAGUCAAAGGAUUUUAUAAUUAACUUUAGUUCAUCAGGAGCUCCCCCAGCCCCAGCAGAGAGAGUGGACCAGCAGAGCUCAGAGGUUCCCAGUGGUCAGUCUGCCCAGCAGCAUCAAACACAGCUGGACUCCAUCUUUAUGCUGCUGGAGGACAACAUCCUCACUUUUGUGAAGAACGAGCUGAAGAAGAUCCACAAGCUUCUGAGUCCAGAUGACCCAGAAUGCCUAGAGAGGCUGAGGGACGAUGAGGAGGUGUUAGAGGGUGAGGAUGAAGAGCAGAGGAGGAGCAGCAGAGAAGCGUUUGUGAAGAUCACAGUUUCCUUCCUGAGGAGGAUGAAGCAGGAGGAGCUGGCUGAGCGUCUGCAGAGAAGACGUGCUGCUCCAGUUAGUCAACAGAAACUUAAAAGUGUUCUGAAGAAGAAGUUCCAGUGUGUGUUUGAGGGAAUCGCUGCAGCAGGAAACCCAACCCUUCUGAAUCAGAUCUACACAGAGCUCUACAUCACAGAGGGAGGGACUGGAGAGGUCAACGAUGAACAUGAGGUCAGACAGAUCGAAACAGCAUCCAGGAAAGCAGCCAGACCAGAAACAUCGAUCAGACAAGAAGACAUCUUUAAACUCCCACCUGGAAGACACGAACCAAUCAGAACAGUGAUGACAAAGGGAGUGGCUGGCAUCGGGAAAACAGUCCUAACACAGAAGUUCACUCUGGACUGGGCUGAAGACAAAGCCAACCAGAACAUCCACUUCCUGUUUCCGUUCACCUUCAGAGAGCUGAAUCUGCUUAAGGAGAAGAAGUUCAGCUUGGUGGAACUUGUUCAUCACUUCUUUACUGAAACCAAAGAAAUCUGGAGCUUUGAAGAGUUCCAGGUUGCGUUCAUCUUUGAUGGUCUGGAUGAGUGUCGACUUCCUCUGGACUUCCACAACAAGGAGAUCCUGACUGAUGCUACAGAGUCCACCUCAGUGGAUGUUCUGCUGACAAACCUCAUCAGGGGGAACCUGCUUCCCUCUGCUCUCCUCUGGAUCACCACAAGACCUGCAGCAGCCAAUCAGAUCCCUCCUGAGUGUGUUGGCAUGGUGACAGAGGUCAGAGGGUUCACUGACCCACAGAAGGAGGAGUACUUCAGGAAGAGAUUCAGAGAUGAGGAGCAGGCCAGCAGGAUCAUCUCCCACAUCAAGACAUCACGAAGCCUCCACAUCAUGUGUCACAUCCCAGUCUUCUGCUGGAUCACUGCUACAGUUCUGGAGGAUGUGUUGAAAACCAGAGAGGGAGGAGAGCUGCCCAAGACCCUGACUGAGAUGUACGUCCACUUCCUGGUGGUUCAGACCAAAGUCAAGAAGGUCAAGUAUGAUGGAGGAGCUGAGACAGAUCCUCACUGGAGUCCAGAGAGCAGGAAGAUGAUUAAGUCUUUGAGAAAACUGGCUUUUGAUCAGCUGGAGAAAGGAAACCUGAUCUUCUAUGAGUCAGACCUGACAGAGUGUGGCAUAGAUAUCAGAGCAGCCUCAGUGUACUCAGGAGUGUUCACACAGAUCUUUAGAGAGGAGAGAGGAGGGCUGUACCAGGACAAGGUGUUCUGCUUCGUCCAUCUGAGUGUUCAGGAGUUUCUGGCUGCUCUUCACGUCCAUCUGACCUUCAGCAAGUCUGGAGUCAACCUGAUGGGAGGAGAAGAAAUAAAAAAGAGAAUAUAUUCAUUUAAGAAAUCCAAAAUCAAACAUCUCCACCAGAGUGCUGUGAACAAGGCCUUGGAGAGUCCAAAUGGACACCUGGACUUGUUCCUCAGGUUCCUCCUGGGUCUUUCACUGCAGACCAAUCAGACUCUCCUACAAGGCCUACUGACACAGACAGGAAGUAGCUCACAGACCAAUCAGGACACAGUCCAGCACAUCAAGGAGAAGAUCAGUGAGAAUCAGUCCACGGAGAAAAGCAUCAACCUGUUCCACUGUCUGAAUGAACUGAAUGACGUUUCUCUAGUGGAGGAGAUCCAACAGUCUCUGAGUUCAGGAAGUCUCUCCACAGAUAAACUGUCUCCUUCUCAGUGGUCCGCUCUGGCCUUCAUCUUACUGUCAUCAGGAAAAGAUCUGGAUGUGUUUGACCUGAAGAAAUAUUCUGCUUCAGAGGAGGUUCUUCUGAGGCUGCUGCCAGUGGUCAAAGCCUCCAACAAAGCUCUACUGAGCGACUGUAACCUCUACCAGAGAAGCUGUGAAGUUCUGUCCUCAGUUCUCAGCUCCCAGUCCUCCAGUCUGAGAGACCUGGACCUGAGGGUCCAUGACUCGGGAGUGAAGCUGCUGUCCGAUGGACUAAAGAGUCCAAACUGUCAACUGGAGACUCUCAGGCUGAGAGUCUCUGAUCUCUCAGAGGAAAGUGUUGCUGCUGUGUCGUCAUUUCUCAGCUCCCAGACAUUUAUUCUGAAAGAGCUGGACCUGAGAAACCUGCAGGAUUCAGGAGUCCAGCUGCUGUCUGAGGGAUUGAAGAGUCCACACUGUCACCUGGAGACUCUCAGGCUGAGUGUCUUUAACCUGUCAGAGAGAAGCUGUGAAGUUCUGUCCUCAGUUCUCAGCUCCCAGUCCUCCGGUCUCAAAGAACUGGACCUGAGUAACAACAACCUGCAGGAUUCAGGACUGAAGCUUCUGUCUUCUGGAAUGAAGAGUCCACAAUGUCACCUGGAGAGUCUCAGCCUGUCAGGUUGUCUGAUCACAGAGGAAGGCUGUGCUUCGCUGGCCUCGGCUCUGAGCUCCAACCCCUCCCAUCUGAGAGAGCUGGACCUGAGCUACAAUCAUCCAGGAGACUCGGGAGUGAAGCUGCUGUCAGCUGGGCUGAAGGAUCCACACUGGAGACUGCACACUCUCAGGGUGGAGCCUGCUGGAGUCCGAUGGUUGACACCAGGUCUGAGGAAGUAUUCCUGUCAGCUCUCCAUCGACACAAACACAGUAAACAGAAACCUCAGACUGUCUGACAACAACAGGAAGGUGACACGUGUGAAGGAGGUUCAGUCAUAUCCUGAUCAUCCAGACAGGUUUGAUUACUGUCCUCAGCUGCUGUGUGGACCUGGUCUGACUGGUCGCUGUUACUGGGAGGUCGAGUGGAGAGGAAAAGUUUCUAUAUCAGUGAGUUACAGAAGAAUCAGGAGGAAAGGAGUCAGUAGAGACUGUUGGUUUGGAGGGAAUGAAGAGUCCUGGAGUCUGGACUGCUCUGAAGAUUAUGGUUACUCUGUCUGGUACAAUAACAGAAAAACACCCAUCUCCUCCUCUGUCUCUAACAGAGCAGCAGUCUAUGUGGACUGUCCUGCUGGCAUUCUGUCCUUCUACAGAGUCUCCUCCGACUCACUGAUCCACCUCCACACCUUCAACACCACAUUCACUGAACCUCUUUAUCCUGGAUUUGGGUUCUGGUCUCCUACUUCAAGUUCUGUGUUACUGUGUACAGCUUGAUGUGACGAGUGUCCUCCUGUCAGAGAAGCACUCUCACUUAGUGCGUUUACACGCACAUCAGAAAACUGAAGUAUUACCCUAAAAAAGACUCACUUCAGUUUUUUUUAUUGCAUGUAAACGCAUUAGUCUGGCUGAUGGUGAACUGGUUCUAAUCAAGCUGAAGCACCCAGAUAAGGAGGAAGCAGAUAAGAGGAAGUAGGACACUCCCAUUCCGGAAGUGACGAGAUCGGGGAAGCAGCUUCUCUAUCAAGACCAUCGUCACAAAGCAACACGUCUAACACCAUAAAACAGGACAGUGCGUACCAAAUAAAUGGUCUGGAUUUGUAUAGAGCCUUCUUAGGGUUCUACAACCCCCCAAGGAGCUUCACAACACAACCGGUCGUUCACCCAUUCACACUCUGGUCGGGAUGAGCUGCGUUGUAGCCACAGCUGCCCUAGGGCGCACUGACAGAGGCGAGGCUGCAGAGCACUGGCACCACCGGUCCCUCUGACCACCACCAGCAGGCAAGGGGGGUUAAGUGUCUUCCCCAAGGACACAAAAGCAGCAUUCUCUGGUCGGAGCUGUGCUGCAGCAUUGUUGUUGUGUAUUCCUUCAGCCAUUGUGCAUAUCCUGUUUCAAUUCCAUCUGCUUCACUCUCACCAGCCUCUGUUUACUGCUCGUGAUGCUAAAAGCUAACCGGAAGAAAGCCGGCAUGAAAAAGGGACCUGAAACCUGAAAACUAGUUGAACACCUAUGAAAAUUCAAACGAUAUUACUGAUGUCAUUAAGUGUUCCAACAGGAAGUGACAUCACUAAAGCCAUUUGGCCUCAGCAGUCUGCUUAGAAACAUUCUGGACCUUCUGCUCAUGUUGUUUAUUAAUGCUGUCAAUCAGAAGCAGAAAAAAAGUCUCUGGAAAAUAUUUUAAUAUUAGAUCAGAAUAAAAUAAAAAUAGAAUUAUGUUUAGAGUUUUUAUUCUUUUUUUGCUUUUUGUAUUUUUGCUAUUUUUAAAAAAGUUGAAUAAAUGAUUGAAUCCAUCGUCUGUAAAUAUCUUAUCUACAAUUUGCACAAUCUCCAGCGUUGUCUACGGCAAGCCCUAAGGCUCAAAAAUGCAGCGUAUGUGCCUGAGGCUUUGGGGAGAACUGGUUUUCCCUCAGGUCAAAUAUCAAAUGACUGAGACGUCACCUGAUGCUCCUGAAACAAUAAACACAAGUUGUAACUCA